UUGGUGAAGUUAUACUUUCGCAUCGGUUUUACGAAUAAAGAAAUCCUCAAUCUCUUGGCACAACAGCACCGGAUUGUUAUUAGCAUAAGGACGCUGAAACGGAUUUGCAGUAAACUGCAUUUAUUUAGAAGAAAGAACCAGACGGACUUAGAGGAAAUCUUCUCUUUUGUUGAAGCGGAACUUGCGGGCAGUGGCAGGCUACAAGGCUAUCGGUGGUUACAUCUCCGUGCUGUUCGAAGAGGGUUUGUAGUUUCACAGGAGACGAUGAGAAUGAUCAUCAAAAUGAUCGAUCCCGAAGGAGUGCAACUCCGGCGCGCUCGGCGUCUGCGCCGUCGCCAGUACUGCAACCGAGGCCCCAACGCUUUAUGGCAUAUGGACUCGUACGAUAAACUAAAGCCUUAUGGCAUUGCUAUAAAUGGUUGCAUUGACGGAUUUAGUCGCCAUGUCAUGUGGAUGGAGGCGUACAACACGAAUAACGACCCAAAAGUAAUUGCGGGUUAUUGGAUAAGCACAGUAACGCGCAUUGGAGGCUGCCCUCAGCGCCUGCGUGCCGAUCCAGGUACUGAGAAUGGGCAUGUGAGGGAAAUGCAGAUGUUUUUACGCAGAAAUCACUCGGACCCUUACGCAGGAGAGAGAAGUUUCAUUUAUGGAUGCAGCACGGCAAACCAACGCAUAGAAUCGUGGUGGGGCAUUCUGCGUAAACAAAGUGGACAGUUCUGGAUGGACAUUUUCCAGACGCUCAGAGAUGAUGGACAUUUUUCCGGUGACUUCUUGGACAGAAAUCUGAUACAGUUCUGCUUCCUUAACCUAAUUCAGGAGGAACUAGACGAAGUUGUGAGGACAUGGAACUCCCAUCAAAUAAGGUCAAGGCCAGGAAUUCCAGGAGGACGCCCAAUUUUAAUGUACUGUAUGCCACAGAUUUAUGGUGCAGGGGAGGACAAACUCAAAUAUGUGCUUCCAGAAGAGGUCACUGUUUGCAAAGAGGAAUGCACCCCAAAAUCCCAGUUCCCCUGUGAUGAAACAGUCUUUGAGCUCUGUGCUCUUCUUAUUGAUGAAAAUGGCUGGGAUGCUCCUGUUGAUGCAUACCAUGCAGCUGAACUGUACAUUCUCUUAAGAAAUCAAAUACUAGAUAAUAUCUAGAACUGAGCUUCUCAACACCAGCUAUGGGGACCCACUGAUGAGUGGGUUCUCGGAACUGAAGUUACUUUCUAAUAGAUUGUGUCUGUAGUUAUAUUAAAAUAAAUGAUGUGUUUAUAUGCAUGCAUCUGACAAAAUAAA